CUCCAAUAGUAUUUGUUUCCGUUUUCCUUAUUUCUUCUUUCUUUAUUCUUUACUGUUCCUUUCUCUUCAGGUCUUGCGUUUUCGCCGAUCCUUUUCCUCCACUGAGUAUCACCGCCUUUCUUCUCCAAUUUGUUUCUUCACAGACUCAAAUAUUAUCCGAAUGGACACUUCCUCUAUGGUUAUUCGGCGAAAUAUCGAUAGAUAGAGACACCUACGAGGAAGAGAAGGAGAACGCCUUUUUUUGGUCUGUUGUUGAUCCUCAGGAGCAGUGGGUUAGCUUCCUUGCCGUUAUUUCUAUCUUUAUCUUAAUACAACCGACUCAAACCACUCCCUUGCCCUUAAGUCAGAAGAUGGGGAAGACGAAGAAGGAAUUAUUUGCAUCGGCGCCAUGGCGUCCCGGAUGAGACGAUCCUCUAUUUCUCGGUGGGGCACAAGCCGAUGUAGGCUGAUUCGAUUGCAUGUUUGCCAAUUUUUUCACUGUUCUUCGUCUAGAGAAGGGGAAAAAUGGAAGUGAGCUUCGAGUUGCGUGGUCUCUUCCAUUCCUCGAAUUCCAUCUUCCCACUUCCGCCUCCGUCCUUCCCCGCUAUUUCAGGUAACAAAAUGUGUUUAUUCGAUCCCCACCAAACUAAGCAGGUCCAUCAAUUCUUUUUUAGAGGUGGAUAUGACAUUGCACAUGCUGUUUUUUGCGAACUCAAUGCAACACUUAUGACAUUAGGAACUCACAUUGGUGGUGAUUUUUUUCUCUUUACCAGGGAACAUGAUUGGAGAAGAAUAUGGAAUAUCCAACUAAAAAUUGGGCAUCACUGGUGUUCCAUUCCUUACUUACUAUCACUGCAGUGCAGCCCAUCAAUUAGAAGUGGUGCAUAUUAA